AUGGCGCUGGUAGCGUAUUCCGACUCUGAAGGCUCUGAUUCUGAGCCUGAAACUACACCCGCCCCCUCCACCACGAAGAAACCCGAGUCCGGUUCUGGCUUCCGGGUCGAUCGCAGCAACCCGCGCAAGAUCCAGGUCGCGCUCCCAGAGGUCAAGCCCGAGCACACGCCCGUUCAGGACGAAGAUGGACCUGCACGCAAGAAGCCUCGCGUAGGGGGUGGAGGCGCAUUUUCAGGCUUCAACUCCUUUCUCCCUGCGCCGAAGAAGGCUGAGAAGAAAGCACCAGUGGCCACAACUCGCAAAGUGUUCAGCCUGAAGACCGGCGCGGCGCCUGGCUUUAGCCGCGAGGCCGAUGCAGAGAUGAGGAAUGAUUUCGCAUUCGGCGCUGAUGCCGUUGGAGAUGACAAUACCAUCCCCGCAGCUGGAAGCCUGGGGUCGCAACCCACAACAAACGAUGCGGCGACAAACACCGAAGUCGGGGAAGUCAAAAUGCAGGGAAACCCCAUGAUGUUCAGACCCCUAUCUGUGGCACGCAACCAGAAAAAGAAGAAGACGACGACGAAGCUUACAUCCCAACCAACACCUUCAGCGCCAGCACCAUCGGCCAAACCCGCAGAGACGGUAGCACCGCAGCCAACUACAACAGCGCUUGCCGCGCCAGCUCCUCCAAAGCCGAAAGUCAGUCUCUUCUCUCUGUCUUCUGAAGACACGAGCCGGGCAGAUGAGGUCCCUACGUCAUCAGGGACGUACGAGCCCUUGGUUUACAGCAAUGAAACUGAGUCGGCAUCUGCAGCCCCAGCACCCGCGGCAGAAUUCGACUCUGCUAUUCCAACCUAUUCGGCACCUGCAACGGUGUCCUCGCAACCUUCUACAUUGGACAACAUUGCCAAUGACCUGAAUCUUUCAAAGGCAGAGCGACGACAGCUCUUUGGCCGCAAUGCGCCGCCAGCCGAGUCUCGCAUCCUUGAGUUCAACACGGACAAAGAGUAUGCCACAAACCAGGUGCUUGCAAAGACCGAAUUGGCUGCCACUCAGCACAAUCCGGUUCGUGCCAUUGCACCAGGCAAACACUCUCUGCAGCAGCUGGUCAACGCCGCGAGUGCGCAAAAGGAGGCGCUGGAGGAGAGUUUUGCCACAGGCAGAAGAAACAAGAAGGAGGCCGGUUCCAAGUAUGGAUGGUAG